CGCGUGGGCCAGGCACUGCUAACCUGGGCGCGCACCUGCAGCCUGGGCAGACUGCAGGAAUGGCGAGCUCGUGGCUGCUGCCCCUGGCGCUGGCUCUGCUGCUGCUAGGCGACUCCUCCGUCAUCCUUGCAUCCAGGGAUGUUAAUUUUACACUAUUCUUGAAGAGUUUAAUAGCAAAGAAAGCCUCUGAUACCAUCUCCCCAAGUCCAGAGACAACCCCUGAUUCUACCUACACAAGUCUGGAAACCAUAUCCCCUCCAGAUUCCACAACUCCAAAUCCGGGCUCAGCCUCCCCAGAUCCAGAGACAGCCUCUCUCCCCACCUCUGGGUUCCCCAGUUCCGAGCCGACCACCACAUCCCAGUCCACGAACUUGCCUCCACAAGGGUUGUCCACUGUGUCCAGCCCACACCAGGAUGCAGGCAGCCUCUGGACCCCCACAUCAUACAGGAACCCCGGUGUGGUGAUUGCUGUGUGUCUGCUUGUGUCUGUCUUACUCGUUGGCUCUGCGUUCGUCGCUGUGAGACAUUAUAACCGAGAUGCUCCAGCUUUCCAUAAUCUGGAUACGGUAUCUAUGGGCAGCGUGAGCCAGAGGCUGCCAUUUGCUGACCGCCUACAGUCGUGACUCUCAGAGGACUAGAGAUAUGGUGGGGGUGACACCUGGAAAGAGCAGUGUCUGGAAACAUUUCCCCCCCUCACCCGUACCCUGCUAUCCUGACCUGGGGAUAAGUGGCAAGGAGGACAACUGGAGCCCAGGAAUUUCAAGGCCAGUUUGGCCCACAGAUCUAGUACACAACUCAGAAAUGAAUCAAGGUGGGAUGGAGCACAGUUGUCAUCCCUGCACUUGGGAGGUAGAGACAGGAGGAUCAUGUGUUCAAGUCCACCCUGAGCUAUAUAUGGGGUUUGAGGUCAGCCUGGGCUACAUGGGACUCUAUCUUUAGAAAAAAAAUUUUUUUUGUGGGAGACUGGAGAGAUGGUUCAGUGGUUAAGAGCACUGUCUGCUUUUCAGGGGACCAGGGUUCUGUUUCCAGCACCCACAUGUAAGCAACCCCAGUCCCAGGGGUCCCGUGGCCUCUUUUGCCCUCUGCAGUCGUCAGGCUCACAGGUGACACACAGACAUACACGCAGGCAAAACACAUUAAAAAAUAAAACUAAAUAAGCAUAA